AUCGAUGCUGACUAGACACUCCCACACAACUGUAUAAAAAGAGAAAGUGUUGAUUACUUUUAUCAAGAGAGCAGUUCAUCAAAAUAGCCUCUUGGUUUCAUAAACAGGAUUCUUCUGCUUGCCGGUGGGCAAAAUGGUGAACUAUAAUGUGACCGUAUACACUGCCAAUCUCGCCACGGCCGGCACUUUUAGCAAUGUCUCCAUUAAGCUGGUGGGCACGGAUGGGGAGAGUGAACACACCUGGCUCAUUAGCCUCAAAUGGGCUUUAUCUUUCCUCAGAGGAGCAGUGUCCAGUUUCACCGUGUCCUGCCCUGUCUCCAUUGGAAAGCUAGUCCUAAUAGAGAUAGAUAAACCGCGUUUACUUCUCUUCUUUGAAGACACUUGGUUCCCUGCCAAGGUGGAAGUGAAUUCUCCAGAGGGUGACACCUACAACUUUCCCAUCUACCGCUGGAUCACCGACAGUGAGGUGCACCGCUUCAGAGAGGCAACAGCUCUGAGAGUCGUUGAAGACAACCAUCCUCUUGGCAGGUACAGUCGGGAGCAGGAGCUGAAGCAACGAGAGGAAGACUAUCGUUGGGAUGUGUAUCUCGAGGGAAUACCCCACUGCAUGAAGGCAGAAAGCCCUCUUUCUCUGCCUAAUGAGGUCCGCUUCUCCUUCACCAAGGCCACAGAGUUUCUCUACACAUUAGCCACUGCGGUGGCUGAGCUGCAACUGAAAGGACUUACUGAUUCCAAGGAGAACUGGCCUAAUAUUGAAGCUAUCAAUCAGGUGUUCUGGUUCAAACGGACUGACAUAUCAGAUUAUGUCCAUGAUCAUUGGAAGGAGGACGCUUUCUUUGGCUACCAGUUUCUAAACGGUGUCAACCCCAUGUUGAUCCAACGCUGCUCAACCCUGCCUGAUACCUUUCCUGUCAGUGAUGACAUGGUCGCCCUCAGUGGUCAGUGUAGCUUGGCAGAUGAAAUGAAGAGCGGCAACAUAUUCCUGUGUGACUACAAGCGUUUGGAUGGGCUGAAACCAAACAUCGUCAGCGGGAAGACGCAGUACUUGAUGGCUCCUCUGGUCCUGCUUCACAAAACACCUGAUGAUAAGCUGAUGCCAAUUGCUAUUCAGCUGAAGCAGACUCCAGCAGAUGAUAAUCCCAUCUUCUUUCCUACUGACUCUGAGUACGACUGGUUGAUGGCCAAGAUUUUUGUGAGAAGUGCAGAUUUCAACGAGCAUCAACUGAAUGUUCACCUGCUGCGCACUCAUUUGCUGGCUGAAGUCUUUGCAGUGUCACUGCUGCGCAACGUGCCCAUGGUGCAUCCGCUGUACAAGCUCCUCGUACCUCACACUCGAUACACUCUACAGAUCAACUACUUAGCUCGAGCUCUUCUAAUAUCUGAGGGUGCUGUUUUCACAGAGUUUGCCAGUUCUGGUGGAGAGGGUAUGAGGACACUUCUGAAGAGAUCCCUGGCCUCAGUGACCUACAGCUCACUCUGCAUACCUGACGACAUUGUUGCGCGUGGGCUGGAGGACGUUCCGAACUUCUACUUCAGGGAUGAUGGACUCAAGCUUUGGGAUAUCAUCCACAGGUUUGUGCAGGGAGUGCUGAGCUUCUACUACAAGAAUGACGCUGAGGUCCAGAAAGACUCUGAACUGCAGAAGUGGAUUUUUGACAUUUUUGAACAUGGAUUCCUUUCCAAAGAAAGCACAGGAAUUCCCCAGAGCUUUACCACCGUGGCUGAGUUGGUCAAGUUUGUCACCAUGGCGAUCUUCACUUCCUCAGGACAGCACUCGGCUGUGAACACUGGACAGUUUGAUUAUGGUGGAUGGAUGCCCAACACUCCAAUCUCCCUACAACGUCCUCCACCAACCACAAAGGGGACAACAAGUGAGGCCACGAUGCUGCAGACAUUGCCUAAUGUCGACACAACGAUUCAGGGAUUGUCUACAUUGUGGCUACUCAGCAAGAAGUCCACUGACUCUGUCCUUCUCGGCCAGUACCCAGACGACCAUUUUAGUGAGAAGAUUCCCUUCAAGCUGAUUAAGGAUUUCCAAGGAGAGCUUCAAGAGUUAAGUGUGGCCAUCAAAGCCAGAAAUGAAAAACUGGAGAUCCCAUACACAUACCUGGAUCCAACGGAGGUAGAAAAUAGCGUGGCCAUUUGAAUAUCAGAAGGUGUGACCUCCACAUAAGCCACAUGUUAAAUGUGCUAAUCAAAAUAAAGUUGCAAAUGCGUUUGCUGUGCUUUUGCUUUCUCAACACAAGAAUGAUUUUUAUAUAUCUGUUAUUUUUUUCGGGGACAACUCUACAGUAUAUGCGUUGUGUUUUGUUGUGGCCAUUCACUGCUAAUUCAUCUACAGUUUGUUUUCUUUAUUAGCCUGUUUGUCCUGUGCCAAUUGAUCUAGAGAACAAUAAAUAUAUAUCUUGUGUGACUCUGUUUCGUCGUCAGACAAAACUUUCAAUCAAGCUUCUUUUAGUGAGCUUUAUGUGCUACAUAAAUUAAAUAAAACAUAUGCAUAUAAACAUA